AUGAGAAUCAUAAGGAAUACCACGGAAACAGAUGAAAAUCACCCAAGGAUUUAUGUGAAGACUAAAGAAGACAAGACAGCAGAUGGUGGAGACACACAAGUCUUUACAGAAAAAGGAGGGGGUCGGGGGGCUGGGAGCAGGACGAGACUAUCAGAGACCACGGAAAAGUCUCAGGCCCAGAGAGGAAUGACAGGUCCGGGCUCGCCUCCGGGGCCCAAAGACCAUCGCACCUGGGGCGCCCCGGCCCCGCCUCCCGCCGGGUCCCCUUCUCUUCCCACUCCCCCUCCUCACCUCUCGGCCCCGCUUCAAGCGCUUCCCAUCACUCCGCCAGCUCCUGUCUCCCUCCCUUUCGGUUUGAUCUUUACUUCCCACGCCGGGUGGGGGGCGGAGGGCAAGGCAGAAAAGGCCAGAGGACAACUUCUCCGCCGCGCCCUCGUCCGCACUCCACGCCGGCCUAGCCGGAUCCCUCCCAGUCCGGGGGCAGGGUCCACUAAGACGGCUCGGCCGCGGGACAGACCCACAGACCCGGCGGGCAGGGAGGGGGCGGAGCAGGCGCGGGCCUACACGUCACCCGCCCGCAGCGGCGCCAACGUCGCACGUCGGCUCCUUCAGCCCCACCCCGCCCGCGCGCGCGCGCGCCACUGUCCCGCCUCCUGCCCCGGAGCUCCGAUCGGGACCCGGCCAGCAGCGAGGGCGGGCUCUGAGGCGGGCGCGCGCGCGCGCGAUCCUGGGAUUCCGGGUGUGGAGGGUGCCGUCACCACGCUGCUCCUGCCACCUCCUAAUUACCUGAGCGUCUUACUCUGCAGUUGGAUCGGCCUCUUCUCACCCAUUUGUAAGGCGAAGACCCGGAGGCUCAGUUCAGUCGCUCAGUCGCGUCCGACGAAGACCUGGAGGAAGUAA